AAUGAAACAGGUGCUUGGGCCGGAGGCGGGGUGCUUUAGAGACCUCUAGGGGUCCCUGCAGGGAACUACCACGCCCCUGCCCCUCGUGGGGGGGCACCCCCUCCCCUAUUGGCCCCGCCCCCGCCGGCCCCUCCCCGCUGGCACCGGGGCGGGAGGGGAAGAAAGAUUGUCUCAAGUUUUCGCAGAGCUUCCUCGUCCCCAGUGCGACCCGAACCCAGAAGCUCCUGAAGUCACCCCCACUUUCCAACGCCCCUGCGCCCCCGUCCCCUUCAGGACCCCCGUCCUCUCCCGCCCCCCAACUCCCCUGCCCCCUGGACAUCUCCGGCCCCUCGACGGCCCCGCCCGCCCCCAUGGUCCGCUCCUACAGCGACAGGGCGCUGGCCGCGCUGGUCCUGCUGGGGGUGCCGGCGGCCGUGCUGGCGGCGCUGGGCGCGCAGCUGCUGUUCCAGCUGCAGGCCGGCCGCGCCGAGCUGCGGGGGGCGCGCGCCGACGGGCUGGGCGCGGAGCUGGGCGCGGGGCCGGGGCUGCCCGAGGACGCGGCCGGGGCGCUGCUGCCGCUGGCCGCCGCGCUGGCCGCGCUGGUCCUGGUGCUGAGCCUCGCCUGCCUGCUGCUCGCCGCGCUCUGCGGCCACCUGGGCGCCGAGCUGGCCCGCGGGCCCGGCUCCGGCAGGUCUGACUGGUUCUUCUACGACUGCCGCCUCCUCAGGCACGUGGCCGUGGGCCUCUUCUGCUGCGGGGUCUCCGUCUACCUGGCAGGCCUAGCCAUCUAUGCUCUGCUGCUCUUCGAGAUCGAGGCGGGAGCAGCCGCCGCCGCCAUCCUCGGCUUGGGCGCCCUGGCCCUGGUGGCCGUGCUGACCCACACGCUGCUCCGGGCGGCCCAAGCCAGCCGCCGUGGCCUCCGGGAGCUGCCCCUGCCGCGCUUCGAAGACGACCCCGCCCACUCCGCCGAAGUCUCCAAGGCCGGCCCCAGGGCGCCGCCCCAGCAGGGUACCCACCGCCAAAUCCCCUACUCAUUCUGCCCGGAACCCGGGGAUGCCCUCAGACCCUCCGGCACUGCCUCCGUGCCUGCACCGGCGGGGGGUGCCCGGGAGAGCGGCCUGCCUGCAGCCUGCAUGCACCGGACACUGCUGGUCGGCGGGGGGCCCUGGGACGGGGUCACCCAUGAGAUGCGCAGCAUGCUGGGACACAGGCCAGGGGGCUUGGGGAAAGAUUCCACGCUGGUGUGAGCUCAGGGGUCAGCGUGGAGAGCUGGUGGUGGGCAGCAGAAAGAGGGCUCUGCGGGGAUCAGUCACAGUAUCUGCACAGCUUGGUUUCUCUCUCAGUUCAUAGCGUCCCUGGCUUUGGCCCUCCACGCUGCCUCAUGGCACAGAAUGGCUGCCAGGGCUCCCGCCUUCACAUCCUCAUUCAGAGAGGAAGGCAGAGGCCAGGGCUGGCUCCGCAUCUUUCCAAAGUCUUCCCUGGGGGCCUUGGGACCUUUCUGCUUAUUUCUCACUGAUCAGGACGUGCUGCAGGGGAGACUGGGAAAUGCAAUACGCAGACAGACACUGCGGUUCUGGGAUAGGCAGGAGGGGAGGGUGGGGCUUAGGCAGUGGUUCUCUAAAUGUCUCCGUCCAUUUUACAGAUGAGGAAACCGAGGCCAGAGAGGGGCUGUGACUCACCACGGGUCCCCCGGCCAGUACUGAGCACCAGAGCCAGGUCCUGUAACCCCCAUGCUGCUGCCAGUGCAAGUCUCUGCGACUCCUUCCGGCUGUGAGCAUUUGAAACCUUGGUGUGCAGAGCUCAGAGGAGCCCGGGGCCACAGCCGCCCUCAGGGGCUGCACCCAGACUCCUGGCUGUGGGUCCGUGGUGAGGGCUUCACCGCUCCGCGUCUCAGUUUCCUGGUCUAUAACACGGGGACAGCACCGAUCCCUCUGCCUAGGCUCCCAUGAGACUCCGUUGUAAGCCAUUCCGGGGGCCUGUGCACAGUAGGUUGUCAGUGUGUGGCAGCCUGUGCUGCUGUCAGUCGGGGCACCUGGUAGCUGGGAAAGAUGGUCAGGCUCUGGGGCUCACGGACCAGCAGGCUUAGUGGGUAACUCAGAGCCCUGGGAGUCUCCAGGGCCCUGGCCCCACGCCCAUCCUGCAAAUAAACUCUAGCCUU